AUGUCUGGCUUGGGAAAGGGAUUGUCCUCGUUCGGACAUACAGUCAAGGAUAAAAGCACUUCUUUCGGUCACACAGUGGUGGACAAGGGCUCAUCCAUUGGCCACAAUGUAAAAGACAGAAGUCUGUCUCUCGGUUAUUCAAUCAAGGACCACGCAUACCGCCGAAAGAACUAUUCGGUAGAUGAUGACCUUCUAGACCACGUGUACCAUGAUCUAAAGCAGUCAAUAAAGGCAUUGAAGUAUAUAAGUGCUCAGCAGAAGCGAUUCUCGAAAAGGUAUUGGCCCUGGGUGUUCAAGUCGAUGACCAGAACCACCAAAGGGUUUAUAGAUUUGGCAGGAGAGCACUCUUUGGAGUUUGACGGAAUUGAGGAAUACUACGAUGCUUUUGACAAGAUCCAGGAGUCUCUGGAACUGUUUGCCAUGCAUCCAACAGAGAGGCAGCGUACAAUCUCAAGCAUCAACUUCGCCUUGACAAACUUUCUCAUCACGGUGAACCACAUAAGUGAUAGAGUGGUACAAGAUUCAGAAGAAUUGACUGAGUUGGUGCAACUGAAGAACGAUGAGAUGCGCUUGCAACUUAAAUACUUGACGAGGAGCCUAAAAAUGAGGACCAAAAGAAAGAUUCAGUACCUUGAUCUUCACCGCAAGACUGAAAAACUUAUGAAAAAGAAUACCCCUUUACUGGAGAAAGAGGAACUGGAGCUUAAGUCUCUCGAGACAAAGACGCAAGGGGCGAAAGAAAUUUACGAGAACAUCAACUCACGCCUAAAACUCAUCCUACCUGAAAACAUAACUUUACUCGAGGAGUAUAUCGAGCUGAUUACAAAGCUUAUCAUAAGCAGCCAGACACAAGUAUACGAAUUCAUAGAAAGUGAGAUUCAUGACUACGUCAGAUUUCAUGGGUUUGUGAGCCAACCAUCCGAGCCGCUAGAAAGUUCCCUGAAUUAUACGGAGAUAAUCGACACAUGGGAGGCUUUGGUAACCCCUACAAAAAUUAGAAUUGAAUCUUUUGUCUCCUCAAUUCAUGACAAGAACCCAGAAAAUGUCGGUGACGAAAUCGAAAGCAAAGACAAGUCGUCCAGAAUGCAAAAGGCAUUGCUGCUGGUCACGCAUAAGGUAACAGAUAAGCUGCACAAUGUCAAACCAAAAGAUCAUGUACACGGUAUUUUUAGUGAGGAUCUCACAGCGGAUCCUUUGAGAUCUUUUCUCAAGUAUCAAUCCUCAGAGUUGAAUCAGGCUGAGAACUACCAUCCCCAGAGGACUUUGGCUCUCUCAGAGGUCUACGUGGCAAAAAGAGACGAAAAAACGCCACCAGCUCUCCCUCCUAGAGAUGACUUCCAUCCUAUCAAUCUAUCCCCUCAUGUUGGACAAAUUUCAUCCCCUAUACGUGGUCAAGGGAGUGAUAUGAAUGAUUCUAAUGACUCCCCUGAUUCUGAUUCGGAUUUAUCCUUGAGCACGGAUAAAAGUGAUGAUGAUGAGUCUAUCUUAUCGACUGAUGCACUUACAGUUGAUUUGACCCCAGACUCGAGCGUCAAGAAGUUGAAGAAGAUCUACAAUGAAUCAAAGAACGAUAUUAAGGCAGUACCUCUCACGUAUACCGAAUGGCCAGACUUCAAAUUGCACAAGGAUGUAUUUGACAAGACAAAUUCAAUUGCAUACAAGCUAAUAGAGCUCAACAAAUUCUUUGAGACUGCUUUAGAUAGAACAAAGGAUGGAGAUAAUCAGGCCGCAGAUGAAAGAGUAGCAUUGGAUGACUUUGAAGGUGAGGAGCCCGGAGAUCUCUCCUUCAAGGAAGGCGAUGUCAUCGAUGUCAUUCUUGACCUACAGAAAGUCAACGUUUCCUAUCUCGAAAAAGACGAAAACUGGUUCAUUGGUGCUACAAAUGACUCAGAGCAUCGUCGCGUUGGAUUCGCUCCAAGUUCUUUACUCAGCAAAAAUUAA